CUGACGCGCUCGCCUGCAGUGCCUGGCCAUGGAAGGGGCUGUUCUGGUGUGGUUGCUCUGCCUGCAGGGCAGCCUGCUCGUGAAUACCCUCAACUGUGCGGACAAAGGGACGUCGGGACAGAUGGAGGAGUAUAGGAGGGAGUGUGUGGGUGGUGAUGCCACCAGAGCACUGCCAGCUGAACUCACGGAACGAAAGUCACUGGCACCACCUGGAGCACUUUGGGAGCCUGGUCUUGCACAGCUGGCGAAAAGGGUGAGACGACAGACAGACCCUAAAAAGAGGAGGAGGCCACCCGGAGCCUUCUCUGUCCUCGGAAUCACAUUUGAUCCAAAGCCGACAGAGAAACCACCACCCUCCAGGUCAAAGAGACAGUUGGAGAGAGAAAGGGACCGGCCCAAAAAACUCCACUACCCAGGCAGCACAUCUGUAACAGGACAGCCGAUGCGUCUAAUGCUGACGGAGAGAUCGCCGAGGCAGCUGCCAGCCAUGAAGACGAAGCCCAGACGCAAGCCCCGCGUCGGCUCCUUCUCUCUCCUGAGCCACAAACAGCCCAAAUCCCUGCAGGUUACAAGAGUGAGGAGACAACUUCAAAAUGACAAGACGAAGAGGAAGAAGAAAAGGCCAGGGCAAUAUUCUGCCUUGGGUGGCAGUCUUCCUCCAUUGGAGGUUACAAGAGUGAGGAGACAACUUCAAAAUGACAAGACGAAGAAGAAGAAGGAUAAAAGGCCAGGGUUGCAUUCUCCCUUGGGUGGCAGUCUUCCUCCAUUGGAGGUUACAAGAGUGAGGAGACAACUUCAAAAUGACAAGACAAAGAAGAAGAAGAAUAAAAGGCCAGGGCUGCAUUCUGCCUUGGGUCGCAUUCGUCCUACAUUGGAGACAAAGAGUCAAGAGAAACUUACAACCAAAGAAGAAAAAUGUGAAGAAAAUUGUUUGUUCUUGAAUGCACCAUAAACCUUUCCGAGGAAUAUGGCAAUGGAAGGAGGCAUAUGAGUCUUUAGAGACAAUGUUUCAUGAGCUUUGCAACUUACAAAGUUAAAAACAUGCCUGUGCCACACAUAUUCAACAUUUAUUAUGUAUGUACACAAGAAGAAAAUACAGUAUCAGCAGAAAUUUAGUACAUUUGUAAUUACUUCAAUCAAAAGCUCGUCACAAUUAAUAUGUAAUUACUCAUUGCCAGUAACACUCAUAUACCUAUAUUGUCUCAUAAACUUUCAUAUUCUGAGUCUUCCACAAUCAAUGGGAUAUAAUAUUAUCGUGUUUGUAAUAAGCCUUUCUUUUUAAGAAGCACACUAACUUAAAAUAACUAUGUAUUAAAUAUUCUGCAUAUUUCA